GCUACCACUUAUAUUUUAAUAUAUAUAGACUAGACGUUUGUAGAGCCAAGAGCACCACAACUCAUCACUCUUCUUCUUAGCAAUUUUGCUCAUUUCUCACAUUUCUGAAUUGGGUUUGGAGCAAUGGAAAACCAUGAGGGAAGCCUUUCCAAGAGAAUAGUCCCUAAUUCUGGAGAUCUGAUGCAGAGAUCCAUGAGCCACGCUAGCAGCCAUUUCUGCGACCUUGAGCUUGAGCUUGAAGACGACGACUACGACGAUGACGCCACUUUACCCGACAUUGAAGAAGGCCGUGAUGAGUACGAGAAACCGGACCCUGUUCCCCUCCCGUUCCCACUUCCUCCGGCGAAAAGUAAACGAGAAAAGCCAAAACCGCCGCCGUCGUCGAGAUUAUCGGUGAUACUUCUUGAUCAAGGCUUGUUCACUGUUUAUAAAAGGCUGUUUGUAGUGUCCUUGGCCGUGAACAUCACGCUCUUGAUUCUCGCCGCCACCGGAAACAUCGGAUACGCGCGGAAAAGACCCGCCUUGUUCUCAAUCGGGAACAUUCUAGCAUUAACGUUGAGCAGAAGCGAAGCGGUCCUACGUGUCGUUUUCUGGCUCGCCGUGAACUGCUUGGGCUGGUCGUGGGUCCCUCUCCGCCUCAAAACAAUGACCACCUCACUCUUACAAUCCCUCGGCGGAAUUCACAGCAGUUGCGGAAUUUCCGCCGUGGCCUGGCUUAUUUACGCUUUAGUCCUUACGCUCAAACACAGAGAAAACACUUCCCCGGAAAUUAUCGGCGUCGCCUCCGCCAUUCUCUCGUUACUCGUCUUGUCUUGUCUUCUCUGGGCUUUUGUCAUCUUAACAUUCUCGUAUGAUCCUACGACAGAUUCAUACAGUAAAGAGAUCGGUUCCAGGCUGAUUAAAAAUCAAGAAUUUUGGCUCACAGUGGUUAUAACAAUCUUAAUUAUCCUUCCAUGGAUAACAGUGAGACGCGUCCCCGUUAGGAUAUCCUCUCCUUCCGGCCACGCAUCGAUCAUAAAAUUCGCCGGAGGGAUCAAAGCCGGAAUCCUCGGGAGAAUCAGCCCGUCGCCGUUCUCCGAAUGGCACGCAUUCGGCAUAAUCUCCGACGGGAAAGACGAGCACAUGAUGUUGGCCGGGGCCGUCGGGGACUUCACGAAAUCCCUAGUCGCAAACCCUCCAUCCCACCUUUGGGUCCGGCAGGUGCACUUCGCCGGACUUCCUUACCUAACAAACAUGUACAACAGAAUUCUGUUAGUGGCGACCGGUUCCGGAAUUUGCGUAUUCUUGUCGUUCCUACUACAGCCCUGCUCCGCCGAGGUCUGCUUGCUCGGGCACCCAAAGGAGAAGGUGAUCAUUCACGACACGGCGGUGCUUGGGCGGCCGAAUGUGUCUCAGAUGAGCGUCGACGCGGCCAAAAGAUGGGGAGCGGAGGUGGUGAUAGUCACCAGCAACCCCGAAGGGAGUAGAGAUGUGGUGGAUGCAUGUAAGGCUUCCGGCAUUGCUGCAUUUGGUCCUAUUUGGGAUUCUUAA